AUGGUCAAGAUUAGCUGUUCGCUGGUGGUGCUCCUCUCGCUCUGCGCCUGCUCCUAUGCUCAGUAUGAGUACCCACAGCAGCGUCCCUCGCCGCCAAUUGAAGGUCGGCCAACUGGUGGACCGGUAGACAAUCGAAUCCUUGGAAACCUUCUUGGAGGAGGACUUCUUGGAGGCGGCGGCGGUGGUGGUGGAGGUCUCUUUAGCAACCUGUUUGGCGGUCUUUUGGGCGGCAAUCGUCCACCACCACAACCAGUACCGCAGCCCUAUCCCGUUCCAGUUCCCGCCUAUGGUGGUGGCGGAUUCGGAGGUGGAUUCCCCGGUGGAUUUGGAGGUGGUUAUGCGGGAGGUGUUCCUGGUGGCUUCCCCGGAGGCUUCGGUGGCGGCUUUGGCAACCCCUACGGCGGAUAUUAUGGCUAA